UUUCUCUUCUUUUCGUGCCACCCCAUUCCCAUUUCUUCUUUAUCUUUUCUCAAAGCAAAAAAAAACAAUUGAAUUUCACAAAAGAGCACAAAACAAUUGCCAACAACUUCAUAGCUGUUCUGCUAAGUAAUCAAAAGUAAGCAAAAAGAAAGUGAAAAAACACAGCACAUAAAGAAGAAAAAAAAACAGAGGAUUCUUUUUUUUUUCUUUGUUUUUAGUUACCGAUCGCUUUGUCUUUAACCCACUUUGAAAAUCCUUUUAGUUUCAAUUUCUUUAGCUUCAAGGACCUUGGGGUUUUCUUGGUUUUUUCCAGCAAUUUCACCACUCAAAAGCUCUUAAUUGUUGCUUUUCUGCUGUUGGGCUGAUCUUCAUUUGUUUGCUUUUAAUUUUAGCUCUAAGAUUGGGAACUGAGAAGAAAUAAUUCUUUUAUAUAGAGAGAGAUGGGGCUUGAAAGAAUGGACGUUGGAGUUAAAGUUAGGAAAUUUAUAGUAAUAUCAGUUAGAACAUGUUGUAGUUUUGUUUGUAAUCAUCCAUUUUUGGUUGGUUUGGCUUGCUUUUUAAUAUUUUUGUAUAGAUCAUUUCCUUUGUUGUUUUCCUUUUUGGUUACUGCAUCUCCUGUUUUGGUUUGCACUGCUGUAUUGCUUGGUACCCUUUUGAGUUUCGGGUCACCGAACAUACCUGAAAUCGACGAACAUGAAGAAGAGAAUGUUAGUCAUGAAGUUUCUCCAUUGAAAACUGGGGUCAGUGAGGAUGAUACUGUUGUCAAAAGAGAUUUCACUGAUGAUGAUUUUGUUGUAGAAAGACAUGUAGGGAAGAUGUGGGAUAUUGUAGAGAAUGCCGGCGAGAAAGUCAGUUUAGUUGAUAAUGAGGUCAAUGAAGUGGAGGAAGGUGUCUGUUCGGUUCUUUAUAAGCCGUUAAUCAAUGAUGAUUUGGAUUCUAGGAAUGUUCAUUGUGAGAAUGGGAUGAUUGAUGAGGUGGAGGGACUGUUGAAUCAUUCUUUGUUGGAGAAGAUGACGGGAAUUUGGGGGGAGAUGCUAGAGAGUGAACGGUUGUCGAGUAUGAGGAGGGCUGAGGAGAGUCAACAUCUUUUGGCAGAUGAAGUAGGAGAUAGAAAUGUUGAAUUGGGUGAUGGAAAACUCACAUCCAAUAUCGAUGAUGUUCCGAGGGGUAAUGAAUUGGAUUCUUCUCUGGUGUCAUCUUGGAAAUGCGUUACGGGUGACGAGGAUGCUGGUGAUGGUGAUAAGGAUGACGACGACAAUGACGACGAUGAUGAAUCUUCCGAUUCUGGAUCUGAUGGUGCUGAGAGUUCCUCUCCCGAUGCUUCACUGGCAGAUAUAAGUCUGAUGCUUGAUGAGUUGCAUCCGCUUUUGGGCUCGGAAGCUAUACAGGCUGCUCAGUUGUCUCGUCAUGGUUUGGAUUCGGCGUCUGAGAGUUCUCAUGGUAGUAGUGAUGAUGAAAGUGAUGAGUCAGAAAAUAAGGGAGAGGGAGAAAAUAAUGAGGAAGAAGGUGGAGCAAAGGGAGAUAACGAGGAUGAAAGUAAAUCUGCCAUUAAAUGGACAGAGGAUGAUCAGAAAAAUCUCAUGGAUUUAGGGAGUUUAGAGGUUGAAAGAAACCUACGAUUGGAUAAGCUUAUUGCAAGGAGAAGAGCUCGUAAAAGUAUGAGAUUGAUGGCAGAGAAGAAUCUAAUAGACUUGGAUUUUGCUGAUAUUCCCUUAAACUUAGCACCAAUUUCAACCUCAAGAGGUAACCCUUUUGACCUUCCAUAUUCCUAUGAUGACCUUGGAUUACCUCCCAUUCCUGGGUCAGCUCCAUCCAAUUUGCAGCCCCGAAGAAACCCUUUUGAUCUUCCUUAUGACUCGAGUGAGGAAAAACCUGAUCUUAAAGGAGACAGUUUCCAAGAAGAGUUUUCAGGUUUUAAUCAAAGGGGAACUAAUUCCCAAAGAGAGGCCUUCUUUAGUAGACACGAAAGCUUUAAUGUCGGAUCAUCUUCUUUAGGUGUUCCUCGGCAAGAGCUUAAGUGGAAACCUUACUUUGUUCCGGAGCAAUUAGUAACAGAAGGAGCUAGCCCUUCCUUAUUCCAGAGGCAGUCAAGUGAAGUUAGCGAGUCGAAGAUGAGUUCCAUUCCUGAUUCGGAAUCAGUGAGUUCAGUUGUGGAUGAGGAGGACAACAAGCCAAAUAAGCAAGAUGUUUCUCGAGAAACUGAACUGAUCUUGAAUGAAGAUCAUGUUUCUGUCGCUGAACAAGAGAGCCAUUCAUCUGAUUCUGACGAUGUUGAGUCCGUGGAUGUCUACCAAGUCGAGAAUAGAGAUGUUCAUCAUGAUGUGGUUGAGAUCACAUUGGGAGACGGAGAAAGUCACCUGGAAAUUGAACCAGUGUCUGAAGCUGGUGCUACAAAUCAUUCAGAACACACUGCUAGUGAAGCCGAGAACAGAGAUGUUCAUCAUGAUACGGUUGUGAUAACAUUGGGAGAUGUAGCUCGAGCAACUACUUAUGUGGGACUCAAUGCAACUGAAGUUCAUCCCAGAACUGAGCCAGCUGAGGAGGAUUAUAGCAGUAGAUCAAGUUUGUCAUCAUUAUCAGAAAUUGAUGAAAAGAUAUCAGAUGUCAAAGGAGUCGGAUCUGCAGGUUGUGAACCCAGAGAUAAUGAGCUUAAAGAAUCUGGCAUUUCUAAACAACCAUCAUUUGAGGAAUCAGAGUUUCAUUUUACAAGUGGGGUGGUGGAUGAUAAUCAACAUACGGAGUCCAUUUUUUAUUCUAGUUUUCACCCUCCAUCAGUUGAGACUUUCCUCUCAUUUUCAACUGUCUCUUCUGACAAACAGGCUGAGAUAUCUGAAAUGGGUUCACCCUCAAUGUUGGUUGAAUCUAUUGAUGAGAAACAUGAAGCACAUGGUGAAAUGGCUGAGCAGGGUACUUCUAGUUUUCAAGUGAUGCAUGGAGGCUCCUCAGAUUUACUUAAUGGAAAUGAACUGAGGGAAAGGGAUCUGCCAGAGAUUAGUAAGCAUGAAGUUACUUUUGCUGGCUUGACAAUGGUUUCUUCCACUUCUGCCGAUUAUAAUGCAUCAAUGGUGCCUGAAUAUGUGGUUGAAUAUGUUUCAAGAGAGGCAAGGUCAUCUUCGGAUGAGGGAUUAGAGGAGGAUGUGCCAAAUAAGGAAGAAAGCUCUAUCCAGAACCACGUGGACUUAUUGAGCCUUGGUGCAGAGACAACUCUUGCCAUUGAUGAAGGAAUGGGUGAGGUGGUGGAUUCUUCACCUGAGGAACAACAGCAUCAAAGGCACCCCAAUGAAUCUUCAGAGGGUAACAUCUGGGAGGAGCAUAAAAAGGAAUCUGAAAUGGAUCAAACCCAAGCGCCAUUUUCUGAUUCAAAGACCAAUACAGGUUGUGAUGAGGGAGUUCCUUCAAACUCUAGCCAUCAAGAUAUGUCUUCUAGAGAAAGUCCUUCAUCAGAAUCAGAGAAACAACUGUUGUUUGGUAAAGAUGAACUGCCUGUUGAUGAACAUGAUAAGCUCGAGGAACCAUCUAUAAUUGCAACCGAGUCUACAAGGGGAGCAGACAUUGUCAACACUGACACUAAUGUGCAUGAAGUUGAUGAUUCUGAGGACAAACUUUCAGCAAAUUUCUCUUCGAUGACUUCAGGAUCUUCUUCCUUACCUUCUAAAAUUGUCGUACAUACUUUGCCAAUGGAUCAAGAAGAUUUGAAAGAGAAGGUCCUAAAAGAAAUUGAAAAUGAGGGCCCUGAUGAACACUUUAGUUAUGCCGAUGUAUAUGCCCCUCGUGUUGAUGAGGAAAAUAAUAAUGAAGAAGUUGAUGAGAUUAAAGAAAUCGAUGAAAGAAUACUCUCUGAACUGGACACCGUUGGGGACUUUAAUGUUGGGGAAAUUGGUUUACCGGAGAGAUCUCAUGUUGCCUAUACUGAAUCUGCAAUGUUAGCAGAUGAUAUGGAGACCGAGACCAGUGUGGGACUGCCUGUUCUUGAAACAAGAUCAGUAGAAGAUAUUGAUUUGGCAUUUAAGCAACUUCAUGAAGGAGUGGAUUUUGAGGAAGUAAUUCUUCCAAGUAUGAUUAAGAAUCAGCCGGAUCAUGCAGAUACCAACUCGGAUUUACCUGUUGUUGAGGCGAGAUCUCUGGAGGAUAUACAUAAUGCUUUGCAACAAGACCCAGAACCUAAUCUAGCUCAGCUGCCACAUUCCACAGACUUGAGGAUUGGAUCAUCAGAAGUAGAGCAGCAUGUUGUUGUUUCUUCUGAAGAGAUCGAAGUUAGUAAUGCUGUCUCUGGUAUUGAAGAAGGUUGUGAUAAUGCUGCUGGUGAACCCAAAAAUGAAGAAGAAAUAGAAGAACUAAAGACAGAAACCAAUGUGGAGCUACCUGUUCUUGAAGCAAGAUCGGUUGAAGAUAUUGAUUUGGCUUUUAAGCAACUUCAUGAAGGAGUGGAUGUUGAGGAAGUAAUUCUUCCAAGUAUGAUUGAGAAUCUGCCAGAUCAUACAGAUACCACUUCAGAAUUUCCUGUUGUCGAGGCAAGAUCUCUGGAUGAUAUACAUAAUGCUUUCAUAAAAGGACCGGAACCUAAUCCAGCUGAGCUGCCGCAUUCAGCAGACUUGAGGCAUGGAUCAUCAGAAGUAGAGCUGCAUGAUGUGGUUUCUUCUAAUGAGAUUGAAGUUGGCCAAGCAGUCUCUGGCUUUGAAGAACAUCUUGAGAAUGUUGCUGCUGGUGAACCAAAAAAAGAAUAUGAAGAAAUAGAAGAAUUGAAGAUGGAGACCAAUGCGGAGCUGCCUGUUCUGGAUGCAAGAUCGGUUGAAGAUAUUGAUUUGGCUUUUAAGCAACUUCAUGAAGGUGUAGAUGUUGAGGAAGUAGUUCUUGCAAGCAUGAUUGAGGAUCAGCUGGAUCAUGAAGAUUCCACUUCAAAGUUACCUGUUGUCGAGGCAAGAUCUCUGGAGGAUAUACAUAAUGCUUUCCAAAAAGGUCCAGAACCUAAUCUGGCCGAGCUGCCACUUUCCACAGACUUGAGAAAUGGAUCAUCAGAAAUGGAGCAGCAUGAUGUGGUUUCUAAUAAAGAGAUUGAAGUUGGUUGUGCCGUCUCUGGCAUUCAAGAAAAUAGUCAGAAUUCUGCCGGUGAACCAAAAAAUGACCAUGAAGAAACAGAGGAAAUGAAGAUGGAGACCAAUGCAGAGCUGCCUGUUCUUGAAGCAAGAUCAUUGGAAGACAUCGAUUUGGCUUUUAAGCAAUUUCAUGAAGGAGUUGAUGUUGAGGAAAUAAUUCUUCCAAGCAUGAUUGAGAAUCAGCAGGGUGAUGCAGAUACCAAUUCGGAUUUACCAGUUGUUGAGGCGAGAUCUCUGGAGGAUAUACAGAGUGCUUUUCAACAAGGCCCCGAAUCUAAUCUAGCUGAGGUGCCACAUUCCUCAGGAGUAGAGCAUCCUGAUGUGGUUUCUACUGAAGAGAUUGAUGGUAGUAGUCCCGUCUCUGGUAUUCAAGCACUGAGUGAGAAUGUUGCCAGUGGACCAAAAAAUGAAAACAAAGAAAUGGUAGAAAAAGAGAUGGAGACUGAGGUGGUGCUACCUGUACUUGAAGCAAAAUCAGUGGAAGACAUUGAUGUGGCGUUUAAGCAACUUCAUGAAGGGGUAGAUGGGGAGGAAAUAAUUAUUCCAAGUAUGAUUGUGAACCAACAGGUUCAUGCAGACAUCAGUUCAACAUUACCUGUUGUCGAGGCAAGAUCUCUGGAGGAUAUACAUAAUGCUUUCCAACAAGGCCCUAAAUCUAAUCCAGGCGAGCAGCCACAUUCUUCGGACUUAAGGAUUGGAUCAUCAAAAAUAGAAAGGCAUGAUGAGAUUUCAACAAAAGAGAUCGAAGCUAGUGAUGUAGUCUCUGGUUUUCAAGAACAUGCUGAGAAUGCUGCUGGUGAGCCAGAACAGAAACAUCAUGAGGAGUGAUCUGAAAAGCCAAACCUGAAACUUAAAGGUAAAAAGACAAAAUCCCAUGACUCAAGUUCCAGUUCCAGCUCCAGCUCGAGUUCCAGUGAUUCUGAAUGAAAAAAAAAAACAAAAAGAAAGAAAAAUAUAGUUUGGCAUUUCCAGUUUUAUUCUAAAAAUGGUUCUUUUUCCCCUUUCCUUUACAAGAAACGAAUUUUUAGGUUUCCUAGUUUGGUCAUCAUCAUGUUUUGUUGAUUGAUUGAUUGAUUGAGUUAUUAAAGAAUGGGUUAUGGUUUGAUUUGUUUUUUUUUUUUUUUGGUUAAGUCAAGGCAAUUUGAGGUGUAGAAUUGAUUUUGAUACUUGAAAGAUUUGUGUAAAUUAUUGUAUUUUGUUUGUAGAAGUGAGGAAUCGUUGAAUUCUAAUAUAUAUACAGUUGUGCAAUGGAUUUGUCAUA